CUCCUCCUCCUCUGGCUGCAGGUUUGCUGCCAUCCACGCCGAAGCCCCUGAGUUCGUGGAGAUGAGCGUGGCGGAGGAGAUCCUGGUGAAAGGGAUCAAGGUGGUGGAUCUGCUGGCUCCCUACGCCAAGGGCGGCAAGAUCGGUCUUUUUGGGGGUGCUGGUGUCGGCAAAACUGUGCUGAUCAUGGAGCUGAUCAACAACGUGGCCAAAGCCCACGGCGGUUACUCGGUGUUCGCCGGCGUCGGGGAGCGGACCCGCGAGGGCAAUGAUUUGUACCACGAGAUGAUUGAGUCUGGGGUCAUCAACCUGAAAGAUGCCACCUCCAAGGUCGCCCUGGUUUAUGGCCAGAUGAACGAGCCCCCCGGUGCCCGUGCCAGGGUGGCCCUGACGGGGCUGACGGUGGCCGAGUACUUCAGGGACCAGGAGGGUCAGGACGUGCUGCUCUUCAUCGACAACAUCUUCCGCUUCACCCAGGCGGGCUCCGAGGUGUCAGCCCUGCUGGGCAGAAUCCCCUCUGCUGUGGGCUACCAGCCCACGUUGGCCACCGAUAUGGGCACCAUGCAGGAACGGAUCACCACCACGCGCAAGGGCUCCAUCACCUCGGUGCAGGCCAUCUACGUGCCCGCCGAUGACUUGACCGACCCGGCCCCGGCCACCACCUUUGCCCACUUGGAUGCCACCACCGUGUUGUCCCGAGCCAUCGCCGAGCUGGGCAUCUACCCGGCUGUGGACCCUCUGGAUUCCACCUCCCGAAUCAUGGACCCCAACAUCGUGGGUCCAGAGCACUACGACGUGGCCCGAGGCGUCCAGAAGAUCCUGCAGGACUACAAGUCCCUGCAGGACAUCAUUGCCAUCCUGGGCAUGGAUGAACUCUCUGAGGAGGACAAGUUGACGGUGGCCCGGGCUCGGAAGAUCCAACGCUUUUUGUCCCAGCCCUUCCAGGUGGCCGAGGUCUUCACUGGCCACAUGGGCAAGUUGGUGCCCCUCAAGGAGACCAUCAAGGGCUUCAAGCAGAUCCUGGCAGGUGAGACAACCCCCGGGUUGGUCUGGGGGGAGAGCGUUUGGCAGCCAUGGCCCCCUCCGGCCGCGCCGACCGAUGCGGGCGAGGGCGUGAUGAAAUCCCCGCCUGGGUUUCGACACGGGCCCUGCCAUGAGCUGCUGCUGCUCAAGCGCCACGUCUUGCCGGGCGUGUGGUGGCAUCGGCCCUUCCGGAGAGGUCGGCAGAACCGGUGCCACCUCGGCCGACGGCAGGUUGGGUGCGCGGGGCAGGACGGGGUGUCCCCGGCCAUGGCACCCCAUGGGGUGUCCCUGCGGGUCCCCAACAGCACCAGGGGGUCCCGUCUCAUCUGA